AUGACAGAAGUAAAAACAGUCAAGUUAACUUCUUCUGAGGGAACAGAAUUUCAGGUCGAAAGAAAUGUUGCAGAAAAAUCUGUCUUAUUGAAAAAUAUGCUAGAAGACGUCGGCGAGAGCGACAUGGCUGUGCCUUUGCCAAAUGUUACUGGACCCAUUCUAAUUAAAGUCAUAGAAUAUUGCACACACCACCGCGAUGAUCCAGUUAUAUCGCAAGAAGACGAAAAUAAGAAAACUUCUGAUGAUAUUGAUGACUGGGACGAAGAAUUUUGUAAAGUGGAUCAAGGAACUUUAUUUGAACUAAUUUUGGCUGCCAAUUAUCUUGAUAUCAAACCUCUUCUUGAUCUCACCUGUAAGACUGUGGCCAACAUGAUAAAGAAAAAGUCACCUGAGGAAAUUCGUAGGACCUUUAAUAUUGAGAAUGAUUUUACGCCUGAGGAGGAAGAGCAA